ACAGGACCGCGAUGUUGCUCGACGGACGGUGUAGAGUAAAGUGGAUCGUGCUCAUCUCUUUCUAUCAUUCGUCCAACCAUCAUCCUUCAUUCAGUCGUGGAUCGACUUGUCCCCUUCGUUCAAUUUCUUCACUCUCUUUUGAGCCAGGUGCUCUCACAGCCUCGACGGCCUCACUCUCUUUUCCCUCGUUGCAGCUCUCUCUACGGUCUUCUAGCUAGCUAGGACCGAUUCAAGCCACCUCUAACCUCCCCCAAAUCUAUCAAAAUCAAUUCAGUGGACCAUGGUCCAUAUCUCCCCUUCGGCCUCACUAGUGUGGCUGCUUGCAGCUACUGCUGGUGUGUCCGAGGCUAAACCUUUCCUCCCUCCUGGUCAUCACGCUCCUCCCAAUAUUGCCAACCUCCUCUCGGCGUCCAAACGCUCGGUGCAGAACCUCAUUGGAAGAUUCUACUAUGGCACAGAAUGGGGAUUGACCAAACCACCUCCUCUUCCUUCCAAACGUGAUUCGUCUCUGCCCGUUGGUUGGGAGUACUACGGAUGCCUCACCGAGUCGAAGGGACAACGUCUGCUGCAAGGCUUUGCAUUUUCUUCCAUGUCAAUGAGUACCGACAUGUGUCUGAACCAAUGCGCGAAAAUGGGAUACAAAUUUGGGGGUACAGAAGCUGGUGAUGAGUGCUUCUGUGGCAACGAGUUCCUGGGCAGCGGUGGUCAGGUCACUGGUGAUGGCUAUUGUACCGAGCUUUGUUUUGGUGAAUCGAGUGCCACCUGUGGUGCCAAUUGGCUUCUCUCGAUGUACUCUUUCAAUGCCAGUGCCAUUCCUGGAUGUCUGCCUGGUUAUGGUGUUGGGCCUGGGAUCCAUGAGACCUCUGGGCUUCCGAAUAUCACCGGCAAUACCGUGUCGUCCACAAGUCUCAUGCCUACCGCUUCGGUCUCAAUCUCCCUCACGUCUACGUCAAUAGGCACUGGCGUCAUCUCAACGGGCACUGGCGUCAUCUCAACGGGCACUGGCGUCAUCUCAACAGGCACUGGCGUCAUCUCAACAGGCACUGGCGUCAUGUCGACCUCCUCUGUGUCCAUGACAGGGUCCACCACGUCGUCGCCGAGUCCAACGAGCACUCUGCCAACUCAUGAAGACCAGGAGGAUUCGUCCGAAUGGUAUGUUCUCGGAUGUGCUGUCGACUCGGCGACUCGUAUUCUCACUGGAGCCUCAAAGCUUACGGAGCAGGCUCUGACUGUGGAUGACUGUCUCACCUGGUGUGAGGAUCAAGGAUUCUCAUUCGCCGGAGUUGAAUACGGAGCACAAUGUUUCUGUGGCAAUUCGGUCCCUACCGCCAUCACCUACAAUGACACUCUCUGCAGCAUGCCUUGCACUGGAGACGCGACUGAAAUGUGUGGGGGAGAAUGGGGUCUCGAUCUCUUCGAGCUUGUCAAGGGAAGUUCAGGGUGCGCAGCGCCAACUAGCUCGGCUGGCACAACCGGCACGACAAGCGGCGUCUUCAUUGUCAAGCCAACAAGUGCUGCUGGAUCAGGUGGAGCUUCAGCUUCUCCGACCGCCUCUAGCACCACUUCCUCCCCCUCCAGCACCUCGACGCAGCCUUCAUCUACCCCAGACGAUCACCAAGUUUUCGCCCACUUUAUGGUUGGAAACACCUAUCCCUACGAUCAGUCCAAAUGGGCCGCCGAUGUCGCCGCCGCUGCUGCCCAAGGCAUCGACGGUUUUGCGCUAAACAUGGGAAGUGAUUCGUGGCAGCCUCCUCAAGUCACCAAUGCCUAUGCCGCCGCUGAAGCCGCCGGAAACUUCAAACUCUUCCUCUCCCUUGACAUGACGUCGUUGAGCUGUAGCUCCGCAUCUGAUGCUCAGGACCUCGUCAACCUCGUCAAGACAUACGCUUCGUCUUCCGCUCAGGCCAAGUUCGAGGGCCAGGUACUCGUCUCCACCUUUGCCGGAUCAGACUGUACCUUUGGAUCUGGCUCCUCCAACGCAUGGCAAACUCAAUUCGUCGAUGCUCUCACUCAGGACGGUGUUGACAUCUUCUUCGUCCCCUCCAUUUUCUCCGACCCCAGCACCUUUGCCUCUACAUCUUGGCUCGAUGGUGAAUUGAACUGGAACUCUGGAUGGCCAAUGGGCGGUCAGGACUUGACCACGGCCAGCGAUGUCCAAUACAUGAGCGCCCUCGGGUCCAAGGCAUACAUGCCUGCUAUCUCUCCCUUCUUCUUCACCCACUUUGGAGCCAACUCGUGGAACAAGAACUGGCUCUACCGAAGCGAUGAUUGGCUUUACGCCACUCGAUGGGAACAAGUCAUCAGCAUGAGAUCUCAAGUCAAAAUGACUGAAAUUCUUACCUGGAACGACUAUGGCGAGUCUUCUUACAUUGGACCCAUCGAUGGUGCUCUUCCUGCCAACUCGGGUCAAUGGGUCAAUGGAUUCGACCACACCGUCUUGUCCACUCUGACUCAAUACUAUUCUACCGCUUUCAAGACUGGUUCCUACCCAGACAUCACUAAAGACCAAGUCUUGCUCUGGCAACGACCACACGCGGCCGACGCCAACUGCCCCAACGAUCCAGCAGGCAAACCAGCCGGUACGGAGAACACGGACGACAAUCUCUACGCUAUUGCCCUCAUGACGGCUCCGGGUUCAGUCACACUGACUGCCGGUUCCACCUCGCAAACCUUCCAGGUUCCCGCAGGGUUGAACAAGCUGAAGAUUCCCUCGGCGCCCGGAGCGAUGGGUGGAUCAAUCUCGAGGGGUGGACAGGUCGUCGCCAGUGUCGAGUCGACAGGUUUCGACUGGACUCUGACGCCUGAGCUCUACAACUACAACUACUUUGCGAUCUCGUCAUGAGGUUUCGAACCUCCUGGCACGACCUCGACCACGUAGAUAUGAACCCCCUCGCUCGUGCAGGCACGGACAAUGAUCUUUUUUUCUUGCUUGAAUAGGGACGUUUCGGUACAUUAUUGCAUGCAACCGUUACAUUUUA